AUGAAUAAUAUCAUUGACAAACAUCUUCAUUUUAAUCUCCCACAAACACCUGAAGCAAUCUUGAGUUGGGUUCAAUCAAGUGAAAAAAGUUCUAAAGAGUUAUUGAGUUAUUUAAAUAAGAAAAAUAGUUGUAUUUCCAAUGAACAAUUAGAAAAGUUAGAACAAAGCAUUCGUCAAAUCAUUCAAUUACCAUUAAGUAAACCAGCGUAUAAUGCAUAUGGACAUAUUAUUUAUUUAAUAUUAAUAAAAUUAAAUAAAGAAAUUACAUAUGAACCAUUUGUAUUACGGGCAAGUCUUAGUGAUAAAAAAGAAAUUAUAAAUGAGAAAGAAAUGAAAAAUAUUAUUUUAUGUAUUAAAAAAAGAUCAUUUGAUGUUAUUUCUUCAGUUAUAGAAUCAUUGAAUAGAUACAUUAAAAAACAAGGUAAUUUGAGUCAAAGUAUUCGUGAUAAUUUAGAUGAAUUAAUUCAAUUAAUAAGAAAUGAAUUAGUAUUAACUCAAGAUAAUAAAGAAUGGGUUUUAUUAAAAGAAGGUUAUUUUGGACUUGUUAAAUUCUUAAAUGAAGAACAAAGUAAAAAAGAAUUAAUUAGCUCGAAUUUAAUUAGUUGGAAUUGUAAAGGAAAGUAUGUUAUAUUAGACGCUUUAUCAUCUAAUACUAAAACAAUUAUUAUUUCUAUUGUUCCUCAACUUUUAUUUAAUGUUAUUAAAGCUGUUGAAGAAACAACAUAUAAAACAGUUGCAUUAAAUUUAUUGUCUCAUCUUCUUAAAGAAUUUAUAAUUUCAUUUGAAGAUGUUAUUAAUCAAUUAAAGCAAUAUAACCAAUUUAAUGAAUCAACAAUGAAAAUUAUGAAUAUUCUUAUUUCAUUAAAACCUUCUAAUAAUCAAAUUCAAUUAGCAGCAAAUCAACUUCCAUUAGUUACUGCAGCAGCGUUAAAAAUGAAUUCAUAUGAUAUGAAUUCUAUUAUUUCAUUUAUUCCUUCAAUAGAAAAAGAAUUGAAUAUCUCUUUACAAAAUGCGUUAAAUAAAUCAUUUCAUCUUAGUAUUGUUACUACAUUAUAUAGUGAUUUAACAAGAAUUAAUUAUCAUCAAAUUGAAGUUAACGCUUCAAAAGAUAUUAUUAAAGGAUUAUAUGAUUGUCCUACAGAUGAAAUACAAGUCAUUACAACAAUGAUCCCAAAAUUUAUCUUAAGAUGUUCAAUAGAAGUUAUUCAAGAAUUAUUUAAUUUUAUUUGUACGUUUAUUGCACAUCCAUUUAAUGAAAAGAUUGACUGUUCUAUUAUACAAAUAUGUAUUAAUAUUAUUCAAAAUAAUAAAAGAAAUGAUAUUAAACAAAUCAUUUCCCAUUUUCUUUCAACUGAAGAAAUUCAGUUAUUGUUACAAAGAAGUAUUUUAAGUAGAACAGAUAAACUUAGAAUUAUUGCUUUUUCUCUUUAUUCAUUAUUAAAUCCUUUUACUAAAAUACAUUAUCAAUACCUUCAAAUUCAGUUACAAAAAUGUUGGAAUAAAAUUAAGUCACUACGUACAUCAGAAGCUGAUGCUGUUGCAAGAAUUUUUAGUAUUUUAUGUUCAUUUAAACCUUAUCCUAUAGUCACAUCAAAUAAUACCAUUCAAUUCACUGGUUCUUCUCUUGAAGACUCUAUUCAUUCUGUGAUUAUUCAAUUAAAAAAUUCAAUUGAUAAAAUUUUACCAUCCAAAUGUGUUUCAUAUGAAGAUGAUUGUGUUUAUGGAUUAUUUAGAAUAUUGCAAUUACUUCAUAAAGAAAAAGAUGGUUUUACACUUGCAAUUCAAUUAAUUGAUUCAAGUGAUUAUUUACUAACUCUUCCUGCUCCUGAGGGUUCUGCUCCUGGAAUGGUUGUUGGUGGAUGGACUAGUGUUCGUGUUGCAUCAGAAAUAAUUGCAUCUCAAUCUUCUUUAGAUUUCACUCAAGCAUCACAACGAUUAGUCCAUAUUCUUAGAACAGCACUUCAUAGAGGAAUAUUUGAACGUGCAGCAGGUGCUUUAGAAAUGGCAUUACCGUAUGCAAGUAAUGAGUGGUUAUCAGAACAAGUGACUAAAGUAGUUAACGAAAUUGGGUAUGAAACUAAAUUUACCAGAAGGUCUGCUGGAUUACCAUAUCAUCUUUCUGCAUUAUUAAAUGAAGAGUGUAGAAGAAUUAAACAACCAACAAUGGCCCCACCAUUAUUGGAAUAUGUUAUUAAUACUUUAACUCAUUGUGAUAGAAAUUGCGCUAUUCACUCAAUGAAUACUUUAGCAGGAUUAAUUAAAUCUCAGAAGAUUGCAGCAGAAAUUGAUUUGUUUUUCCCAGGAAAAGCAUUAAAUUACAGUUUUAAAUAUAUAGAUGAUAUAGAUUGGUCUUUACGUAAUUCUGCUUCAAUACUUUCUGCUACAGUCAUUAAACGAAUAUUUGCUACUCAAGAAAAUUUCACCUUAAAUCAUCUUCUAUUCUUAAUUCCAAACUCUAUUUCAGAGUUUAGUUCAGCAUUAGAAAAUGGACUAAAUAGUGCUAUGAUUGUUUGUAUGAUUCUUUCAAGACUAUCAUCUACUAAUUUAAUUAAUAAAUCUUCACUUCAACAGUCAUUAGUUAAGUCACUCCUUAUUGCUUCACACCGUAAACUUUUUGCUUCAAGUAUUGAUGCACUUGCAAUUGCUUUUACUAAAUGUGCAUUAUUAGAAGAUAUUCCAGAAUUGUUUAAUUCUCUUAAUGCAACUAUUUUAAGAAUAGUUAAAGAAUAUGUCGAUAAUGGUUCGGUUCUUUCUAGUGGUCAAAUAAGUCAUUUAACUUCAUUUAAACCAAUAAAUUCAUUUGAAGCUUAUCAAUAUUUAAAUUUACUUCAAUCUCUUAAUAUUAAACUUCCACAAUUGCAUCAAUUCCAUUAUUCUUUUAAUGAUGCUUAUACAUUAAAAUGCAUAAAAUUAAUAGCCAGAUAUCAUGCAAAUGAUUCUAAUCAACUUCCUCAACUCUUAAAAUCAGAUCAAAUUAUUGUAAGAGAAGCUGCCUUACUUAGAUGUGAAGAGAAUCCUAAAGGAGUAGAUCCUCAACAAUUCUUUGAAUCAACAUUUACAUUAUUAUUUAAAGAAGCGCCACAUGUAUUUCAUGUUCUAAAGGCAAUGAUUUCCGUAAUGGAUUAUAACCAAAAUGUGCCAAUAAAUCAAUAUAUCAAAAAUACUUCUCAAUUGAUUAAUCAACUCCAUACCUUUAUUGAAAAAGAGCCUUUACUUCAUUCACUUAGUACAAGUAUUCUUUUAAGACUUAAUUGUAUUGACUACUCCCAAAUUGAUUCAAUUUCUUUAAAUGAACAUGAAAUGCAAUAUUAUUUCAAACACUUCCCAAUUAACCAAUCAAUACUAUCAAUUAUAUCUCUUCUAUUAGAAGACAUAGAAAAAGGUAUUUGUAUUACAAAUGCUUUCAAUAAUGCAUUCUUAACAUCGUAUGACCCAUAUCAUCUGCUUUAUUAUCUUUUAAGUUUAUUUAUCUCUUCUUAUUCAGAUAAUUGUAAUAAAACAUCGGUGACUGAAUUAUGUGAUGUUCUAUUUAAUCCUUCUAUCUUCAAUUAUUUAAAUGAAAUAACUCAUACAUCACAAAUUUUUGAACCUGAACUCCCUUCAUUUAAUUAUGACAGAAUUGAAUUAAUCAAAUACCUUUCUAGUAAUCUUUCAACUUCAAAAGAAUUAUCUACUUACAUUAAAGAAGUAAAAAAAGAGGCAUUCAUUAUUAAAGAUAGUGUAGAGAUAGUAAAUCAAUUAAUUAAAACCUUUCAAAAAGAAUUGAAUUAA